CACACACACGCACAACACACAACACACACUCAACGCUCUCUCUCUCACAUACAUCCGCACACACUUCAGAGUCGCGACCUACGCCGCUCUCUAUCCCUACAACCCCCUUUCCGCCCCAAAACAGCCGGCGACCAAUCCUCCAUUUUGUCCUGAGUCUCGCCAGAUGUUUCCCUCAUGUCCAGCCCGCCUCGUAACGCCGAAAAUGCCGCACCCGCGACCCUGGUGAGCCCCGCGCAUUCGUCGCCGUCGCCGUCGUCGUCGCCGCCCAUUCCCACCACCACCACUAUUCCCACCACCACUCCCACCACUACCACUACCACUACCACCAUCUCCGCCCCCAUAUCCAGUCCCAAGCCCUGUGCAAGUCCCUGUCCGUCCGUACCAGCUGCUGCUGCUUCUGCCGCUGCCGUUGCCGUUGCCGCCGCUGGUGCAGACGGGUCUACUGCAGAUCCUGGAACUGGAUCUGAUGUUGCUGGCGUUGCUUUUGCUGCCGCCGCCCCCCAGCAACAACAGCCACCUUUCCCUUCAUCCCUCCCGCCAUCGCAUCCAGACACCCCCCUAGCCCAAGCUGCAGAUCUACCCCCUGCCACGGCCGCUGUCACCCAGCACCAGCAGGAUGUCUCGAGUCUCGACCCGAAUGUUAAAAAGCCCCGAGGCCCUGCCGCCCUCCCGAGGCAGUCCGGUCCGUCCUUGCUAACCCAAGCACUCGCCUCAGCUCGCGGCAUCCCUUCGAGAACGCACUCUCACCAAGAUCAACCCCCCCAACCCCAGAGCCAGCUGUCGACGCGCUCGCUGCCCUCUCCUACCGCCGACUCUCUCCUCCCACCUAGUAACCCCUCCUCCGCCGCUGCUGGCCUGGAUCCCCUCGCCGUCGAUACCCGCAAUGUUCCCUCCCUUCCCGGCCACAGCGCCUCAGUAACUCCUCGAAGCGCCCCUCAACUCGCCUCUGCACCACCCCUCGACCCUACCAAUCCGAUCAACGCUGCCGAGCCUCCCGCCGCCGACAUGGAGAUCAUGACGUCGCCCACCUACGAUAUUUCUAGCUUCCAAGGCAUCAGAGCAAUGCUGCUGGACCACAGGGACUUUCUCAAGGGCACGCGAUCGCGGGGCAGGGGUUCGUCACUGGAGCGCGUUGACCUAGAGUCGAGAUCGACGGGAGGAUUGCGCAAGACGCGAGCUCACUCCCAUUCUACCAGCCCGGAUGCAUCUUUGUCCGCCUCCGUCGCCCCCCUCGACCAGAAGCUACAUCAAGACGUUGCCGUGCCCGAGGUUCGACCCAAGAAACUGGAGCAGCGCUUCUCCGUCGGACCUGAGAAGAUAUGGUCGAUCGGGUCAAGCGAGGCCAUCGACGGCCAGGAGGAUGGCCAGGUCGAGAAGUCGGUCCAUGAGGCCAUGAUCGGCGUCGAGCCAAACGCCCGCAGUCGCAAGGCAAGCUACAGCCUCCGGUUUUUUCGCGAAGGCUUGCCCAAGGAGGAGAAGACACCCGGCCGCAGAAAGGACACACGCCCCAAGGAGAAGCUCUCCCUGGGCCACGAGUUACAAGAUCCGCUAUCAUCGGACAUUGCCAUUGAAGACUUCGCCAAAGCUGCGAGCGCGCAACCAUCUCCCAGGAUUCUCGAUAAGAAGGAUUGGUUGCCAAAGCAGCUGGAAAGGGUCAAGACCUUUCCUCUCCAGUCGCCCCAGGACGGCGAAACCCCUAUUCUCACCGACUCUCCGACCCAGGAUUACUUUGGCCUGAGAAAAGUCAAUGGCGAUAUUUUCCACAAGGUGGACUCGGACGGUGCCAGGCAGACUGGUACUAAGGCCAGCUCCAAGCAUGAUGAUUCCGAAGGCGAAGCUUCGUUACCUGCAGUGCAGGAGACCAUGACUGCUGAGACUCGACGCCCAUCUGCUGACAGCAGCGACCGCGGUGAGAGUCAUGAGGAGGGUGACGAGUCCAGCGAGGAGAAGAUUUCUUCAGCCGUAUUCGUACCACAUCCCGGCUUGGAAGAGGCCGCAGAGCGCGAGCGAGACGUGGCGAAGCCGAGACAGACGGCGGGCUCCCGCACCACUUCCAGGGCCGAAGAUUUCCAUCCGUGGCUCGUGAAAGCCGAUGAGCCCGAGCCCGAAGAGGAGCUGUCCCCCGAUCAGCCCCCCGAUACGCCCUCUCACAAGCCGAAGUCGAAGCCGAAGCGAUUGCCCGGAGAGCCGAAUGUGACUCUCCGCGAGGUCCAGCCUGGCACCAUCGAUGACCUCGCCGUCGAAGACGGGCAGGAGCCGCCGACGGCAAAGCAGGUGCCUACGCAUCUUGAAGAGCACACCCACCAUCACCAAGUCGAGCACAAAGAGCCCCUCGAGGCGAUUGAGCUCAUUCCCUACAAGCACCAAGUCGGGGGACACACCACCCUCUGGCGCUUUUCCAAGAGGGCUGUCUGCAAACAGCUCAACAACAGAGAGAAUGAGUUUUAUGAGAACGUGGAGCAGGACCAUCCGGACUUGCUGCCGUUUCUCCCUCGGUACAUCGGCGUGCUGAACGUUACCUUUCACAAGCAGCCCCGGCGCAAGUCAACUCACAAACGCGAGGAUAUGCCCGCCUUGGAGCGCAAGAAGACCGGAGAGAGUGGCAUCGCAGUUUCGGUGUCGCCUUCCAAGUCUAGCACUACCAAUGGAAACUCGAACGGCGCAUCCCAGGCCAAUAACACGGAACACCGCAGGAUCAUCAGCCAGUCGCUCUCAAACGCGCCGGAGCCCAUCCCGACCGUCACCUUUGACGACAACUGGCACAUCUUGCCACGAAACCUGCUUCAGCCGACGCCGCCGCCUACCGCCUUGCCGACUCGGGGCCGAAGUACAUCAUCUUCUGGUCUGCCUGAAAACGUCGAGGAGAGCAAAGCGACUUCUCCCACAAGGCCCAGCUUGGAUGACAGGCACGCCAACAGCUGGGGUGCGACAACCGUUAAUAAGCGGCUGCGCAACGAGGUAUUUAACGACGUCUUCUUGAAGCAGCCCAUCCCGAUUCACAAGCACCGUCGUCCUCACCAAAAGUCGAUGGCCUUCCGGAAGCAGCAGACCUUACGACCAGCGAGCUCCGUCCCCGAUCUAGUGCGCAGGCAGGACCCGUCAGCUCAAGAAGGUCACGCGCCCCAACACCCCAGCCCACUCCGGCCAAGCAGCUCUUCACCGCCGCCGACGGAAAGCAUCCCGAUGGAACGUCCCGAGCAUCCUUGCCAUCCGGAGACCGCAGAAGCCGAGGACAGCGAUGUCAAGGAUGUCACCGGCACGAGUGCACCGGAGCCGGAGACGCUGGCGGACAAGAUUAUUGCGCAGAAGAAGAAGCGGCGCUACUCCGGAACAGGGCUCCGACGAAAGCCACGAACAGUGACAGAGUCCAGAGGCCAUCUCAAGUACUGGGAAGAGGCGGACGACGCUGGGUACAGGGGCGAAGAUGAGGGCGGGCAAUCUCUUAUCACAUCGCAAGUAAACUCGCCCAUGAUCGAGGCGCCGAAUACGAAUGGUGCGAGUCCUCACGAAGGGACCGCGAAAGAACUGAGCCUUCCGGUGUCUGCCACAGAGGCACCUCAACCCGGAGGCGUCUCUGAGAUUGAGCAUUCGACUUAUGCGUCGACAGUGCCGUCCGAGGUACCGAGUCCCACGCAAGAGUUUCGCAAGAUCCCGCGACCGGUGAACCCCAAGGAAGCACAAACGCAGAGGGACUCCCGCGUGGAGUAUUUCCUCUUGCUGGAAGACCUCACGGCAGGCAUGAAGCGACCAUGCAUCAUGGACCUGAAAAUGGGUACUAGGCAGUACGGUGUGGAGGCGACGCCCAAGAAGCAGAAGUCGCAGCAAGGCAAGUGCGCCAGGACGACAUCGCGUGAGCUCGGCGUGCGUGUGUGUGGGCUCCAGGUCUGGGAUGUCAAGAGCCAGAGCUACGUGUUCAAGGACAAGUACUUUGGGCGCGAUCUCAAGGCCGGGCAGGAAUUCCAAGACGCCCUGACGCGGUUUCUCUACGACGGCGUGGACUACGCCAGCAUCUUGCGGCACAUACCGACCAUCCUGCAGAAACUGGACCACCUCGAGUCGAUUGUCAAGGAGCUGGAUGGCUACCGCUUCUACGCCGCCAGUCUUCUCAUGUUUUACGACGGUGACACGACGAGCGAGGGUAAUGAAUACGAUACAGUCGUUGACGAUUCCACGACUGACUUUGCAACCGACACGGAAGAGUCGUCGGCGUUGCGCGAGAAGAAAAGGCAAAAGAAGAAGCGCGGCAUCGAUUUCAAGAUUGCCGACUUCGCAAACAGCCUGACCAAAGGCGACCUGGCCGAGGGGAAGCCAUGCCCGCCUCAGCACCCCAAUGAGCCGGAUCGUGGUUUCCUCCGAGGUCUUCGUACGUUGAGGAAGUAUUUCCUCAAGAUCCAGAAAGAUACCCGGGCUGCCAUGGGCCUGGACAGUCAUGGACGGAGUAACAGGAUGGAGGACGUCGAUGAUAUCGACAUGGACCACCUGUCGGACGAAGAGGGGUCAGUCAGUGAAUGAGUGGAGGACGAGUCUCUACUUUCUUGUUGAUAAUAUUUUUGGGGAUUAUUAUUCUGGAUUGGGGUUAUGGCUGGUUGGCGCGGACGGACGGGGGAAUCGCGGAGUCAGGGACGGCAUUUGACAACAUACCCGGCAUCGAUCUGGCGUCACAAUACAGAUUUCAAGGCAACUGAGAUGUUUUGUAUUCUCGCUCCCGCUAGCCUCAAGAGGCUUUGGUUGGUGGGUGCUGCAGAUUAUGUCGUGUUCGACGUGAGUCCCGACGAAUGGUGAGCUGGUUGAGUGUGGAUCGAGGUUGGUGGAGAGAGCAGAGUGGUGGUUGAGCGAAGCGACGCCCGGACAGCGGGUACAGAUUGGACUGAGUAGGAUUUGGUGAAAACGGUCUUUGGGUGGAUAACCAAGGCGUUGAUUUCUCUUUUUAAAGUUUUCGUUAUCCUUGUUGUCUUGUUGCUUGGGGAUCUGGGUUAGACGUUAGACAAAAUUGAGCCCGUCCUAGAUUUGCGCUCACUCUGAUUCCGCUCCGCGCCUUGUUUCAGUGAUGCAUCGUCCUCGACGCGGACCAC